AUGGAGGCUGCUCGGAAGCUGGUGUUGGUCGUGGCAGCGGUGCUGGUGGUGGUUGCUUGCAUUAAUGUAGAGGUCUCCGAUGCGCAGACCAUUUGCAAUGUGUCUGUGAAUAACUUGAUGUCCUGCAAGCCGGCCGUAACAAAACCUAACCCUUCCAGGCCGACCAAGACCUGCUGCUCGGUGCUGUCGCACGCCGACUUGAAGUGCCUCUGCUCCUACAGGAACUCGAACCUGUUGCCUUCUCUGGGGAUUGACCCUAACCUUGCCAUGCAGCUCCCUGCCAAGUGCAAGCUUCCUCACCCUGCCAAUUGCUAG